AUGGGACUUGCCAUACUUCAAUCCUUCGUAGUAGUAUUAAUAAUUACAGAUGUACGGAGUACAGCGUACUGCGAACGGCACACACCGGUGAGCUACAUGCGAGGACCUCGGAAAAACGUAGUCCGCCAAACGCAUUGCAAUCGGCCCAAACCCAAAGCAGCAGCAGCAACAGAAGGGGGGGUUGAUGGGGUGCAAGAGAGGGGCGCCCACUUGGCAGCGGCUCUGCCCAGCGAUUCAGCGAAAACGGGAAAAGCCACCGGUUUCAUCAGUCCAGGAACAAAUCAGGGGACAUCGCAUGCCAGAGCAGCUAUUCUGUUCGUCCAGGGCACGUCGAACGGUGGUUGGCUGGUACCUGAGCAGAAGGCGAGAAAGUGCACCAAACGUGGAGCCAGCUAA